AUAGAGAUUUUUACAAUGGACUUCAUUUGGAUUAAUAAAACCACAGAAAAUAAAUCCACACUAAACCUAUUUACUUUUUUUUUCUUCAUUUUAGAGUACUAACAUAUAUACAUAUGCUGUGAUUUCAAUUAACAGGAUGUCAGGAAUGGCAGGAAUGUCAGGAAUUUUGAAAAUAUAGGCAAAAUGUCUGGAAAAUAUCAAAAAUAUUUGGUCUUUUCAUGAAAUUUAUUUUUUAAAGUUUAAACUAUCCGCUAAGUCCUUGUAAUUCAUAUGCUUUUUAUUUUCAUAUGAUGUGUUUCAAUGUAUUUUCAGCUUGUAUUUGCUUCAUCUUUUGUUUCUUUUUUUCUUCGUGUCCAUUGCAUUUUUUCUUCUUCCUUUAAUAGUCAUGGUAACAAGUAGGGGAGUAAUAUGGGGGUUAACUUUUAAGUGGAAACCCUUAAUAAGCUAUUCAUUACUAGAACUAUUGCUGGUAUUGCUGUUUUAAAUUUUCAAGUUUCAUUGUAAUGUAUGGUUACUCAAAACUGCAAUAUUUCUUAAAUUAGAUUUUAAUAGAUUAGGUUAGAUUCUCAGAUUAAAGAUGUUGUAGAGAAAGCCAGUAUUUCAUAUUUGUAGUUUUUAUUUUAGACAAUAGUUAUAUUGAAAGCAGUAUUUAGAUAACAGUAAAAUGAAUUCAGUGACAAGUGAUGUUAGUUUCAGUUUUUUUGCUGACAACAGAUUCGAGGAUAGUCCUACUGAGGAAGAGAUAGCUUUGUACAGUCCUUCAUGCCAGCUAUUGUUUAAUGACUGCAGUGUCAAUAGAAAACAAAAUCUUGAUGAUGUGGCAAGGAAACUUUUUGCGCAUUUACCAACAGAGACAUUUAUUGGUAAAUCAAGUCGGAGGAAUAACAAGAAGAAAACUUCCUUUUUUUCAACUGAUCAGUAUCUUAUACCAGAGCCUCCUGAAGAGAGAUUUACUCAAUUUACAAGUCCUGCAACUGCGAGUAACAAUGAACCUGGCGAUCUUUCACAUAGCAGUGAUAAUAGAAAUUUACCCAUGUUAAACUAUCUUAAUUCUGAGCUGGAAUUAGACAUUAAGGAAGAGUUAAUGUCACCAUUCGUUUCUGCAGUACAGAAUUCAAGGAUAUCAUACAAACCAAUGAAAUGUCCUGAAAAUGAAGUUGAAGAUCUCUUAUGUGACUGGGCUCGUCAUAUCAAUCUGAGUGCUACCUUAGAUAAACAAUGUGCACCAUUAGAUGAAGAACAGCAAGAGGUGCUGCCAGUUUAUGAAAUGACGAUUCCCAUAGAUGUACAUGAACUCCUCAACUUCAAUUCUAUGCUUGGAAAUUUGAUAUUGACAUCACCACUAACCUUUUUAAAUCAUCUUAAGCAGGUUUGUUAUAAUAUUGUGAAAGGAAAUGAUAUGUUAAUGAAGUUAUAUUCACCAUAUCAAGUAGUUAUCAAACCGAACUUUAUGAGUGUUCCGACCACUAAAGAGACAACAGUAGAAUCGUCAAGGUGUAUAGCCAAUAUGAAACGCAAUCACGGCAAACUUUUCAAAGUUCGUGGAUUGGUUAUAGGAUUGUCCUCUAACGUACCAUACACUAAAAGUGCAGAAUACAGAUGUUUGCAGGAAGAUUGCAUUUGGUUUGGUGAACAUUGUUACCUUAUUACGUCAGCAGUUGGAUCAGUGGAAGCUGAUGUUGUCAGAACAGACUUUCAAUGUGAUGGAUGUGGAAAUUUUUUAGUUGAAGAUAUAUCUAAAAGAACAUUUGCUGACAAAAUAUAUUGUUUUGUGAUACCAAAAGAAGCUGCUAAAAAUUUGAGGUGUAUCAACAACAUAAAUAACCAUCGUUCACAAGCUAUCAAGAUGCUUUUAAAAGAUGAUAUGUGUAAAAGUAUUCAUAUUGGAGGUUAUUUCUGGUUUACUGGUGUGUACAAGAAUGAUGUACUAUUAUCGUCUCAACUGAGUGUUCAAAACUUGUUUGAAGUGUUGAAUGUCGAGCCAGAUGUCCCAUUUAUAAAUAAAGUUAAAAGCUUUCAAAAACUUCUCCCUGAUCCUGUCUGUACCUUAUAUCAAGAUCGAAAAACAUCACCGUGGAGUUUUGCAUCAAGUUUAGUAUAUACUUUUCUUGAUACGGUGUAUCCGGCUGGAAUGUUUCAUCUUUUUAAAACGGUAAUAUUGUUCAGUCUGGUGAUGGAGGGUGACAAAUCUAUUCUAAACAUCGAGGGAAAGGAUGAGAUAAAAAACACGAAUAACAACUUGCAUGUCUUGGUUGAAGAUAAAGAAAUUUUAGCCUACCAAAGACAAAUGUUGUAUGCGAUCAGUUAUAGUGAGUCGAGUGUUGUGCAUCGUGUCCCUCUUUAUUUGUUUGGUGCUGUUAACGAUGAUGGCUCAGUUGUAUAUGUCGAUGGUGGAACUUUGUCUCUUGCAUCAACUGGAAUAUGUGUUAUACCAAACAUAACUGAAUUAAAGAAAAAUACCAUAGAGCAGCUUCAGAAAGCAUGUGAAAGUGAAGCAAUUACAAUCAACAUUCCAAGAAAACAACACGAAGAAGUUCAACAAUCACAAUUCGUUCUACCAUUUAAAAGCUCUGUCUGGUGUUGUUGUGAAAAUUCGUUCGAUAUCUCACACAAAGAGACGGUACCAUCUGCAUUUCUCAGUCAGUUGCAUCUUGUGUUAUCUAAUCGAACGCAGAACAAAUGGAAUAAUUUUGAUGAAGUUCUCUCUGCGAAUAUACUUGGAAAAGCUUCUAAGCCUACGCAACAAUAUACUGGAACGUUAAUAACUCAUUCGCAUAUGAUGGAGGUGAUAUCACGUGUAAGAAGUCAUACUGUAGAGAUGUCUUUAGAAGCAUACAAGUUCAUCAAAACGUUUUACUUAGUUAGUAGAAGAGUGAACAGUCACGUGACGCAUAUUACCUUGCAAACUUUGUUACGUUUAUCUGCUGCUCAUACUAAACUUAUGCUACAUAAGAAGGUAUCGGUGGAUGAUGCUGUUGUUAGCAUUCAUAUACUUGAACAACUAAUGGCCUUGAAAUAUGGUGACUCGAUUCUUGGUGUGACACCUGUAUUACAUUUCGAAAACAAGGACAUGUCACGCUUUAUUGGACCCGAGAACGAUCUAUUUCUGCGCCAAUUGAAAAGACACAUCGUUCAAUAUUGUUCAUCUUAUUAUCCAGACGCGCUAUCUGAUGUUUUACUUGAUGAAGAAUAAAACUGCAGUGACUAAUAUCACUUUGAUGAUAAUGUGAAAGAAAAGUUGGUGAUCUUAGCGACAGAUAGCA